AUGAAGAAGUUUUCUCGCAUGCCCAAGUCGGACGGGACCGGAGGGAGCGGCGGCGGCGGAGGAGGAGGCAGCGGCGGCGGCCCGUCGGCGGCGUCCGCGGGGUCGGCGUCCGCGGGCGGCCCGGCGGUGGGCAGCAGCCGGGUCUUCUCCGUGGGACGCUACCAGGUCACGGUGGAGGAGGUGCUGGCGGAAGGUGGGUUUUCCACUGUCCUGCUUGUGCGCACACAUGGUGGAGUUCGGUGUGCAUUGAAAAGAAUGUAUGUAAAUAAUGUGACUGACCUCAAUAUUUGCAAGAGAGAAGUAACAAUAAUGAAAGAGUUGUCUGGGCACAAGAACAUUGUGGGAUAUUUGGAAUGUGCUGUUAACUCUGUUAGUGAUAACGUGUGGGAGGUGCUCAUCCUAAUGGAGUACUGUCGUGCGGGGCAGGUAGUGAAUCAGAUGAACCAGAGAUUGCAGACAGGCUUUACUGAGGCAGAAGUUCUAAGGAUAUUUUGUGAUGCCUGUGAAGCAGUUGCCAGGUUGCAUCAAUGCAAAACUCCCAUUGUUCACCGAGAUUUAAAGGUUGAGAACCUUUUGUUAAAUGACAGUGGAAAUUAUGUCCUUUGUGACUUCGGCAGCUCUACUAAUAAAUUCCUUAAUCCUCAGAAAGAUGGAGUCAAUGUAGUUGAAGAAGAAAUUAAGAAGUAUACUACAUUAUCAUACAGAGCUCCUGAAAUGAUCAACCUUUAUGGAGGGAAGCCAAUUACUACCAAGGCAGAUAUCUGGGCCCUGGGCUGCUUGCUCUAUAAGCUUUGUUUCUUCGUACUUCCCUUCGGUGAGAGUCAGGUUGCCAUUUGUGACGGAAGCUUUACCAUUCCAGACAAUUCCCGUUACUCUCAUAGUAUACAUUGUUUAAUAAGGUACAUGCUUGAACCAGAUCAAGAACGGAGGCCAGAUAUCUUUCAAGUAUCUUUCUUUGCCUUUAAAAUUGCCAAAAAGGACUGUCCAAUAUCCAACAUUAAUAAUUCUCCUCUCCCAUCUACUCUUCCUGAGCCCUUGACAGCUAGUGAGGCUGCUGCUAAGAAAAGCCAAAUAAAAGCUAGAAUAACUGAUGCCAUUGGACCAACAGAAACCUCAAUAGCACCACGACAAAGACCAAAGGCCAACACAAGCGCUGCCACUUCUAGUGCUCUAGCAAUCCAGAGCUCAGCAACACCCGUCAAAGUGCCAGUCCCUGGUGAUUUUAACAGUGGGCAAAAAGGGCCCUGUAAACCGGGAAGUAGUCAAGAGAGUAUGUUGUCCCAGGGAGCCAAUCAGCCUCCACAGCAAAACAGAGUACUGCAACAACUCCAACAAGGAGACUGGAGACUACAGCAGUUGCAUCAUCUACAUCACCAGCAGCAACAGCAGCAACUACUUCAGGACGCGUACAUGCAACAGUAUCAAGCAAUGCAGCAGCACAUGAUUCAGCAGCAACUUUUGAUGCAGUCUAUGUACCAGCAGCAGCCUCCCCCAUCCCAGUAUCCUGGCAUGGUACAGCAGUACCAACAGGCCCUUCUACAGCAACAGGCCCUCGCAAAGCAGCUGCCUCCACCAAAACGCUCUCCUGAAUUUUUUGCCUCUCCUCAGGAGUUCUCACCAGCCUUAAUGUCGCAUUCUAAAUCAUUUCCUGCUCAUGUUGGUGCAGCUCUGGAUACCCCAUAUACUGCUAAUAGGUCAUCUGCCUCCGAUGCAGAGUCUGUUUCAAACUAUCCAAAGCAGAACCUCAGUAAUCCCCCUGAUAUGUCUGGUUGGAACCCAUUUGGAGAAGACAAUUUCUCCAAACUAACAGAAGAGGAGCUGUUGGACAGGGAGUUUGACCUUCUGAGAUCAAACAGGCUCGUGGAGAGGAGAACAUCCUCAGAUAAGAAUGUGGAUCCACAUUCUGCUCCACAGAACCAUCUUCCAGAAGAUCCCUUUGGUUCUGUUCCUUUCAUUUCUCACCCAGGCUCCCCAGGGAAUGAAACUGAUAAUUCAGCCAGCAAUCUAGAAAAAAAGGUAGCGAGCUCAAGCAAAAAUGAGAUAUUGAGCCAGGUUACUGAGAAGCACAAAGCUGAGAAGAAGGUGACAGAAGGACAUGCCAAAAAAGGGAGUGAGGAAUCAGAGAGUGAUUUCGAGUCGGAUCCUCCCUCCCCAAAGAGUAGCGAGGACGAUGAGGAGCAAGAGGAUGAAGAAGUCUUGCAAGGUGAGCCUGGAGACUUCGUAGAUGACAAUGAUACUGAGCCGGAGAAUUUUGGCCACCGGCCCCUUCUCAUGGAUUCUGAGGAUGAGGCCGAAGAUGAUGAUAAGCAGAGUUCUGAUUCUGAUUCUGGUCAUGCCAGGCCAGUAGAAGAGGUGCCUUGCGGCCGUUACAAAGAAGGGACCGGCAGUGGUGAAGUCAGGGAGCCUAUUGCAGCUUUCUCUGGGUUGUCUGAGUUGCCAGGAACAGUUUCCAAGGGGAACCCCACACAAGAAUUUGAUGUGUUCGGAUCAGUCCCGUUUUUUGCUUUCCCGCCCCAAGAGCCUAAAUCAAGACAAAACGACGGCAAGGAUUUCUCGUCCGAGGCUGCUUGUCCUGGGUUAGAACAAGAUCAAGACGACUUUGACGUUUUCACCAAAGCCCCGUUCAGCAGAAAAGUAUCCCAGCAAGACGAUUUGCUGGCAGAUACCGAAAACCAUCCUUCACCCAUCUCUCCCAAAAGCGUAGAUAUUUUUGGCUGCAUUCCAUUCCACCCUCUUUCCAUCCCAAAGAACAACGAGGACAAAGAGGACAUCUUUGGGCUCGUUCCGUUUGAGGAGAUAGCGGGGAACCAGCAGCAACAAAAAGUGAAGCAGCAACGGAAUCUACAGAAACUCUCUUCCCGCCAGAGACGUAUGAAACAGGACGUUUCCAAGGGUAAUGGGAAGCGCCAUCAUGGCACUCCAACCAGCACCAAGAAGGCUUUGAAGCCCAACUAUCGCACACCGGAAAGAGCUCGCAGGCACAAAAAAGCUGGCCGCCGGGAUUCCCAGAGCAGCAACGAGUUCCUGACCAUCUCCGACUCCAAGGAGAACAUAAGCAUCACGCUGACGGACAGCAAGGACAGAGUCAACCCUCUGCAAGCGGACGAUGGCCUCCUGGACCCUUUUGGGGCCAAGCCGUUUCACCCGACAGAGCUGGUGCGCCUCCCACAGCAUCAAGGAUUGGGCGACCAUCGGGUGGACCAUAACGCAGUAGGGCCUGGUAGGCCGAGACAGAGCUCGCUGAUCGGUGCCAUCCACUCUGGCGACGGGGUGAAAUUGACAGACGACUUUGGGGCUGUUCCUUUCACAGAACUUGUUGUGCAGAGCGUGACAUCUCAACAAAGCCAGCAGCAACAGACAGUAGAGCUGGAUCCAUUUGGGGCUGCUCCAUUUCCUUCCAAACAGUAG